ACGACUGCUUAUUUGAAAUACCAGUAGGACUUCGCCGCUGGACGCAUGUUCGGCCUGGCUGUUUGACCCAGCGGCCCAGAUGCUGAGCAAAAGUGUGGCGUUCGUCGUUUUGACCGCGGCUGCACAGCUCUCAGCCGAUGAGGAGCUCUUGGCAAGGGAGAUUGUCCAGCUCUUUGAAGGUGGCAACUCAAGCUGCCGCAGCAGCUUCAGCUGCUGCAACGGCUCGUCGGCCACGGUGAGUGCGGAGCUCUGGGAUCACGUCAAGGCUUUUGCUCACAACUACCACGUCCGCGAGCUUUUGGACUCCACGCCUCGCAUGUUGGAGCGCCACUACACUUUCUACAACCUUUGGGACCGCAUGAAGCAAGCUGGAUCCAUGCAGGUCUUUGCUGCAGACUGCUAUUAUGGUGUCGUCUCCAUGCUCCUGAAUGCGCUGCCAGCCAUAGAGUUCGAGGAUGGGCUUCACGUUGCACAGGAGGUGUUCUUGACUGCAGCUGAGAUGCUGGAGCGGAACAAUGAUACGGAAGGUGCGAACUGGACGAUUCCACGAGAGCCGCUCCAACUCCAGAUGCCUCUGUUUCUUGGGCUGCUUCCCAACAACUGUGCAGGUUCGGCACUUCGCAUCUACGUGUACGACACAAAGAAGUUUUCAGCUGGAUCAGUCUUCUGCUCCGCUGGCCAGUGGGGCGUGGAGGUUCUGCUGCACCGCUACUUUGCCGCCUCCAGCUGCCGCACGCUGGAUCCCAACCAGGCGGACCUCUUUCUAGUGCCAGAUUACAGAGCUUGCCACCUUCAUCUGGCGCCUACGUACAUGCACAAGGGCCUCACGCGCAUCGAAGGGGACGACUACCACUCGCAAAUCAUCCGCAACCACAAAGACAAGUACCGGCGCCCGGCCGAGGCGGAGGAGCAGUUUCAGGAGCUGCUGAAGUCGCUGCCAUACCUGGACCGCAAGAAGGGCAUGGAUCACGUUUUCAUUUUCUCGGACCAGGGCUUCAUCGUGAACUUCACACACACCUUCCCCUCCUGGCGAGACAACAUCCCUCACUCCAUCUUUCUCACCACAGAGGCGUUUACGCCUGGCUGCGGUCCAAGCUGCUUCUCUCCGUGGAAGGAUGCCAUCAUCCCAGGUCACAUCGACCUGGACAGGAUCCAGCUAAUUGCCAGCUACAACCAGCCCACCAGCAACCGAAGCUUUCUCUUCAACUUUCACGGCCGCUUGCCAGUGAACCAUGACUACUACGAGAAGGUCACGGUGCGGAAGGCGCUCUUGCAGUUCGAUGAGCUUGCGGAUGUCAGCGUAGGGGGCUUCAUCGAGGAAUACUUUGAGGUGAUGGGCAGCAGCCACUUCUGCCUGGUGCCAGAGGGAACCUCUUCUUGGACGAACCAUCUCUACGAAAGCUUCUUCGCUGGCUGCAUCCCCCUGAUCCUCUCAGACCGCUACGUGCUACCCUUCCAGGACCUAAUUGACUGGCCAAGCCUGAGUAUCCGGUGGCCGCAGGAGGCUGUCGCUAUUGAGAUGUACCUGUACGUCAAGGAUUUGGUCGUGAACCAACGACCCCUGGUGGAAGCCAUGAAGCAACGGGUGGAUGCGCACGCAUGCUGGUUCAACUUCUACCAGCUGGAUGGGCCUUGCUCGCCCUACAAAGGCAUCCUCCACGACCUAGAGAAGCGCAGCCGUGGUAUGCCCAGGUAUUUGCAUCCGACUCACUGGGUGCCCUGAGCAAAACCCUGGCUGCUGCUGCCGAUAGGCCCAUGGCCUCAAGGUGGAAAGCAAGGCGCGCCCGCGGCCAUGGAGGGUGCGGACCGCGCGGCGCACGCGGCAGAAGGUUCCAUGGGCGGCGGAGCCGGGCGAGCGAAUGAGAGCCGAGAGAGCGCGGGUGACAGACUGAAGGUCCGGGUCUUGGGGGAAGCAGAGUUCAUG